CAACAAGAUUCCAGCUUCCGAACAGCUCGUAACGAAGAGUCAGUGGUUGAUAGUACGGAUUCAAUGCCUAUACGCCGCUCUAGUUCUGUGAAUAUUCAGUACCAUACCCGCUUUAGCACACUGCGUCAUCGCCCGGCUGAUAUUUCGAGUAAUAUCCAAGACGAGUUUCGUACAGCAUAUUUGGAAUACUUUGAAAAUGAUCCGUUGCAUCGGCCUAAAAUUUCUAGGCUCCAUACAACCAAUGCAACGCAAAAUAUUCUAUCCCAGAUAAAUAGCGAAAUCUUAUCUCGACUAAAUGCUGAUACUACACUUCUACACUUACAAUCUCUUGUGUAUUGUGGUGCAGUAACAGCAAUAAGGUUGCAUGGUCAAAAGAUCCAAACGUCUGCUAUUGAUGCGGGACAAAAACGUAUUCGGCCAUGGAUGGCUCGUUUUGACCGUCGUCGAGAUUUGCUACGUAAACACAUUGGUCAACUAACAGCAUAUAAUAUUAGUCGAUCAAAUAGUAGAUUAAAGAAAUGUGCAGUAAAAAUAUACAGGCAGUUUUAUAUUCAUAGAGGCACACCAGUUGUAGAGUUUAUGGAUAUUUUAAAGCAAAAACACUCCGUUGUUUGUAAACGCUUACGGAGAUAUGGAGAGUCACAUGCCAGACGUAUUCAGAACUCUAUGUAUAUAAAAAAUCAACGUCAAUUCUUCUCUACACUUGGUUCAACUGACAGCACUAGACAACAUGCAUCUUUCUCAGUUACAGAAGUAAAGAACUAUUGGAGUGCGCCGUGGGAAUUCUCCAAACCUCUUGCUCUGCAUGCAGAGUGGAUAGAUGCCGAACAUAAUCGUUAUGCCAAUAUUGCCACAAUGCGACUUAUGGAAGUAACUGACGAUGAAGUACGGGAAACCAUUGUAAGAUCCAGUAAUUGGAAACCGCCAGACUUGGAUAAAGUGCAGAAUUUCUG